CUGAAGGGGAAGAUGAAGCUUUCACAACUUCUUCUUGUUAUUCUAAUCAUCUGCUCCGUGGCGGAGGGAGCAAGGGUUAGAAACCACGACCAAACCCGCCGACAACGCCGGCGCCGUCCGCCAAAACGCCGGCCGGCCGUCCUCAUGACCACCGAGCCCACAACAGCGGCGAGGACCACCAUCGAGAUGCAGCCGCCGCCAAACGCCGAGUUGAAACACAAGCCACAGUUUAGCAUCAACGGCCCCGUGCCCGAAGCCCCGUCCCCGGUUGACCGGGGAGCAGGGUCCACGAACCGGCGGUCACUGGAGCCAGGUGGCAGCCGGACACGCGGCUUGCCAGAAGUGGGCACCAGGAGAACCGGAUCGAACCGGCUGAGCACUGAGCAACAACUCAUCCUACUAGAGGCGCACAAUGACUUCCGAGGCCAAGUCAGGCCUACUGCGGCAAACAUGGUGGCACUUCAAUGGGAUGACGAUCUCGCGGCAAUGGCCCAAGUGUGGGCAGACCAGUGCCGGUUCAUGCACGGGGGCACCAGCGGCAGCGGACGGUACGGCUGGGUGGGCCAGAAUCUGUGGGCAGGUAGUGGGACCGGCUGGGAUCUCUACGGUAUUGUGGAGAGUUGGUUUAACGAAGAGCAAUAUUACACGUACUCCAAUGGCCAGUGCAGUGGCGUCUGUGGGCACUACACACAGGUUGUUUGGGCAGAGAGCAAAUUUGUGGGGUGUGCGUUCCGGACAUGUCCGACCAUACAAGGUCUCAAUGGCUGGUCCCCUGCUUCCAUAUUGGUCUGCAACUAUGGCGAAGGUGGGAACUACAUUGGCAUGAAACCAUACAUAAGCGGUAUUCCCUGCAGUCAAUGCCCGGCCGGGUAUACAUCGUGCAUUGAUGGCGAGUUAUGCGCCUUGCCAGAGCAAGAGCUCGCCAGCAGUGACACCGAUGAUGCGUUUGAGGAGCCAGAGACAUCUCUAGAAAUCCCAAGCCUACCUGACUUGGGAAGGGCGACGGACGGGCCUGAAGCGGGAGGCAACGCCGGCGGUAGCAGCGGCAGCUCUAGCCAACCAAACACAUGUGGCGGGACUUCAGACGCAAAUUCUGGAGAAAUAUCGUCCCCCAACUGGCCAGCUCCGUACGGAAGCAAUAUCCACUGCGAAUGGGUGAUACAGGGCAAGAGAGACCAGACGGUGACACUUCAAGUGACGUACAUGGACAUAGAGGCAGAGAGGAGAUGCCUUUGGGACUACCUCCAGGUGAAGCCGGACGGCCCAAUGGGCCCUAGCACAAAGUACUGCGGUAACGUCAGCCCCUCUCCGAUAACGUCACAAGCAAACGAAAUGAGAGUGGUCUUCCACAGCGACGACAGUGUCAACAAAGGUGGCUUUUCUGCUUCCUACCGGCUGAAUGGUGGAGAACAAGACUUGGCCACCGCCUGCGGCGGUAAAAUUGGCGGGAAAAAAGGCAGCGUUAAGUCGCCGAAUUAUCCCAGGGACUACGAUGGAAAUCUUGACUGUUUGUGGACCAUAGAGGUACCAGAAGAUAAGAGGGUUAGGUUGACCUUUAAGGUCCUGGUAAUUGAAGAACAUGCUAGCUGUGACUACGACAGAGUUACCAUUCGUAUCGGCAAUGAGCGAGUACCAAUGAUCUUUUGCGGGAACGAGACACCGAACGGCAACAUCAUAUCACUCAGCAACCGAAUGGAGAUCCGCCUGGUAACGGACAAGACCAACAACAGAAGGGGCUUCUGGGCGACUUGGAGGGCCAUUUGACCAUCAUGAAUAAGACCCUAUACCCCCUUUGAAAUCUUGGAAAUUAUCUUGAUCAGAUCUGAUUUAUUAGCCUCUGCGUAUAAAAACAGUUGGGUCACUUAUAACGACUUAACGAUUCUCUCUUAGUCUUUUCUUUUAAGUGUGACGCAUUUAAUCGAGAUUGGUGCACUGUAAAUGAAUAAAAU